UCUUGACACCACGUCCUUCUGCUUCGCUUGUGCCCGCGGGUAAACAUGGUUCAGGUACAAUAUGCCGGCUGUAACGCUACACACUGCUGCUAUGCUCUGCAAUCCUCAAACUCGAUUGGGGAUGUCAAAAAAAAAAAGUUGUGAAACCCAUCCACUGUGCUCUCUCGUCAUCACGUAGUGCUCUGGACAACUUGCUCUUGGUACUACAGAUCGGAGUUCAUCAAAUGUGGCUUGACAGUGACAACUUCCAUACUGCAAGCAACUGGGAGAGAUCCGCUUCUCCUCCGCGUUAUCGGGCGGUGUUCCCAAUUAUCUGGAUAUGCCAUCGAUUAUUAUUCAUGGACAAGUCUCAUUUCCGCUCUGAGCCCUCUGAUCACGGACAUAUCUGUAUGUUCAACAGAAUGCAACCAAGAUCUGAGAGGCACAGAGAGAUGAACACGUCACCGGUCUUAGCUCGCCCACCGCGAACGGAGGAACGCAAGCCCCAUCUAACAGGCCAUCUCCGUUGGACCAUCGUUUCCUUUACUGGACAAUCUCGCCCCCCGAACAUCAGGUCUGUCGAAAUAUGCAAACACCGGCGCUUUCUGUCAUAUAAAGGAUGGACCUGGCCGUCAGACUUCUGCCCAUCCAUCGCACCUCUCUUGUCCCCCCUGGCCAGCCUCCAGCGAUGAUCGGCCUUCGCAGUAUCCUCACUCUGUCCGUUGUUGUCCUCUUCGGGAUGAUGGCUAUGGCUCGGCCUGUCUCCACUGCCUCCAAGAGAGCCCUGAAGCAGUACAAUCCGCGCGAUGCGCCGACCCGUGUUCAGCGAGGCCACACCCAGCCUUCUGGCUAUUACGGGCGGCGAGAUGAGGCCGCUGCUCGCCCUCACCCCUCCAAGUGCUUCACUCCUCUCGAGGCUAUUAGCUGGGUGCUGACUGUACUUUCCUCCAGGUCUUACAAGUGAAUAUAUGCGCCUCAAUCGUCGCUCGCGGACUACUUUGUGCUCCGUAAACGUAUCUGUAGCUCACUGUACUCGUGAAUUUAUAUACAUGUGCUUAUCUAUUCGCUCAUGAGACACCC